CUUUCUUCUCAUUGUCUUGGACAGACCAAUUGGUUUCGUCAAUGACCUUGCUGCUUUAGCCUCUUCCAUCUUCCCAUCAUCAAACGCUUAGUUUAGGGGUCCUCCUGGAAGUCAAGCAUUGAGUUGUCUGUCUUAACGAGCUAUCCCCCCUUCUCAACGUUUGUUGUCGUUCGCUAUCCCACCCACCCUUCGCUCGAGAACGGCAAACCUCUAUCCCCCGGUGGUGACGAGUUCGCCCUAUCCAAACUCCGACAAGUUCGACCUGUUGACCUUUCGACCGGGAAACCAAGCUUGCCGGCAACCUGUCCCGGAGGACUGGAAAGAAUCAGAGAAACCUCCUAGCUCCAACCUACAUUUUCGCCCCAUCGUCCCCUUUUCCAAUUCAGCAACUCCCGCCUUCGGUCUUGCUUUUUCUUCGGAUCCUUCAUUCUAGUCUCAUAUUUCGGACGUCAACAACAGAUUGUUCACUUGUCUGCUCCCAUCUGUUCUGGACAUCUCUUCCCGAUUACACAGGCUGUGCUAUCUUCGGGCUGGGUUCCUUGAGUAGAGCAGAUCCAGUGCGCGUUUGGUUUAUCCCUGAUCGGGCAUUGAUUUUUCAGCAUGGCUGAGUUAAUGGGUUUUAUAAUACCAAACUUGGACUUUAUAUGGUCCGCCAAAUUCUGGUUCUAUUUCCAUAUUGUUAUAUGGCUUCAUCGCUAUGUGCGUCUUCUAGUCCACUGUGUCAGCCACUGGACCUACAAGUCCGUGCAGCCGAAAAAAGACCCCAAGUUCACCUCGGCAGAUGUCACUGUCGUUAUUCCCACAAUCCACAAUCAAUUCGAGGAACUGCGGACCUCGCUUGAAAGCAUCCUAGCAUGCAAGCCCGCCAAGCUCAUACUCGUAACCACGUGGAACAAGUAUGAAGCGCUCACAGCAAUGGCGGCCACGCUGAGGAAGCCGGCGUGCGACCACCCCAUAAAAAUCGAAGUCCUCCAUGUGGACAAGGCAAACAAAAGACUGCAGGUGUGCAAGGCGUUGGAGGAUAACCAUGUCGAAACCGAAAUCACGGUCAUGGCUGACGAUGAUGUCGAGUGGCCAUCGACACUGAUGCCGUGGCUCCUUGCCCCAUUUGAGGACGAUCAAAUCGGCGGAGUCGGUACCUGCCAGCGGGUGAAGCGCAUCGAUGGCGACCUCACAACCCGCAUCUUCAACUGGCUUGGGGCGGCGUAUAUUGAGCGCCGCAACUUUGAGAUAUCAGCCACCCACAACAUCGACGGCGGUACUUCUUGCAUGUCUGGCCGUACCGGUGCCUAUCGCUCGAGGAUUCUCAAGGGCUAUCCGUUCCUUAGUGGCUUCAAGAGCGAGAAAUGGGGCAAGUACAUCCUCAACGCUGAUGACGACAACUAUGUUACUCGCUGGUUGGUCGCGCACCAGUGGAAGACCUGGAUCCAGUAUGAGCCCGAGUGUGAGAUCGAGACGACGUUGGAAACCAGCGUCAAGUUCCUGUAUCAGUGUUCCCGCUGGGCGAGAAGCAACUGGAGAAGCAACUGGACCAGUCUUGUGCACGAGAGACACGUGCUUACUCAACAACCAUGGUGCACUUACGCUCUCCACAUCGCAACUUUUACGUCCUUGGCCUUUGUUGUCGACCCGCUCCUGCUCUGUUCAUGCUGGUGGGCCACCGAGGGCUGGGAUGUCAACGACCGGUACACUCUUUUGGCGGCCGAGAUCGUCUUCAUGUUUGGCUUCACCAAGGUCGUCAAGCUGGUUGGACUCUUCCGCAAGAACCCACGAGACCUUAUCUAUUUGCCUGUUUCGAUUCUCUUUGGAUAUUUUCAUGGCCUCAUCAAAUUAUACGCUCUUUUUACACUCAAACAUACUUCAUGGGGAAGCCGCGCCGAUGGUGAUGAGCACAAUACGUUCCGUCUGCAAGAGAAGCCUCCUCGCAGUCAGACCAUGUUGACACCAUCCGGACCAGGCUUGGAUGACUUAUCUGAGAAGCCUUUAAGAGGUUCUCGAAAGACCGGCGGUGUCACGCAGAGUCGACGCCUGACUACCACCGGCACCGCAGUCUCACACAACACCUGUGAGCACACCGACGGCGGAACUGCGGCUGUACCCACGGACCUUUCACCCCCAUCUUUGCAAGGUUAACGGUACUGGCUUGCUGCUGCUUCCAAUGCUGUACCUGUGCGUAUGGCUAAGAGCAACAGCAGCCGCCGAUUCAGGCGGUAGACCAUUGGGGGGCCUUGGUCCGGGCAGCAAUUGAGUCGCCUGGCAGAUUUAUGCAGAAUACGAAUUCAAUGAUGAAUGACGAGAAUGAAUAUCGUGUUUUCUCUGUGAAGCCGUCGGGGGAGGGGCAGGGUGGAAGUUGUGGAGGGCAAUGCUUCUGGCAGAACAAGAUGCAUUGGUCAGCCCCUGUCCAGCGGUUUCAGAGUUGGUUGCUGGCGCUUUUUAAAACCUGGAAUACGGUUAUACACAAAAGCAUUUGGGUUUGCUGGGAGCUUUUGACUCCCUUCUCGGUUUCUGUUUGGCAGGCAUGCGGAGGCGGGGACUGAUUGGGAAUAUGAGCGACCAGAACUCACAGCAUUGGGUGAGACGGUUCUGGGAAUGAGUGUGCAUGUUAUUUUGGCUUUCUUGUUUUUCCCAUUUCAUCUCUUUACGUUCAUUAUGGGAUAUAGACGGACACCCUGGGAGGGGUCGCUUGUUUUUGGUUCAUCUCGUCUACGCCUCGACACAAGGAGGUUAGACGAGGAAGUGUGUUUUGCAGGAUUCAUAAUAAUUUUCUGAGCUCUCGAGAGUUGAGCGGCAGAGGCAUGAGGAGAUUGGGGUGUAGAACAGACUCCACGAUUAGAUUUGGAUAGAACGACGGGGAAGCUCCCACAACAGCGAUAUCUGAUUUUAUACACAACCCGAGACAUCACCUCGAUGGAAGCU